AUUAACCAGAUGCAAAGAGCAACCCAAAGCCACUCGAGAAAAGCAGCAUAGUGAGAUACUACGUAUACUACGUAGUACUACACAUUUCAUUUGCCUCUUGUAGUAGCCAUGGUUUUCCAAACAAACAUUAAUCCUCACUUCGUAUUGUUUCCUCUCAUGGCUCAAGGCCACAUGAUCCCCAUGAUGGACAUUGCAAGACUAUUGGCACGGCGUGGUGUGAUUGUUUCCAUAUUCACCACCCCAAAAAAUGCAUCACGAUUCAAUUCUGUUCUUUCUCGUGAUGUUUCAUCAGGCCUCCCAAUCCGGCUAGUACAACUCCAUUUUCCAUCCAAAGAAGCAGGACUACCUGAAGGGUGUGAGAAUUUGGACAUGGUAGCUUCAAACGAUUUGUACAAAAUAUUCCACGCCAUCAAGCUGCUCCAUAAGCCAGCAGAGGAGUUCUUUGAAGCACUAACACCCAAACCAAGUUGCAUAAUCUCGGACUUUUGCAUUCCUUGGACUGCUCAAGUAGCUGAAAAGCAUCAUAUUCCAAGGAUUUCAUUCCACGGUUUUUCUUGCUUCUGCCUCCAUUGCCUGUACCAGAUACACACAUCAAAGGUUUGUGAAAGCAUCACUUCAGAAUCCGAGUACUUCACUAUUCCUGGCAUACCUGACAAAAUUCAAGUUACCAAAGAGCAGCUACCUGCAGGACUCUCUAAUGAAUUGAAGGACUUUGGAGAGCAGGUGAUUGAUGCUGACAUAAAGUCAUAUGGGGUAAUCAUAAAUACUUUUGAAGAGUUGGAGAAGGCAUAUGUGAGGGAAUACAAGAAGGUGAGAAACGAUAAGGUGUGGUGCAUUGGUCCUGUUUCAUUAUGUAACAAAGAUGGCUUGGAUAAGGCUCAAAGAGGCAACCGGGCCUCAAUUAAUGAGCAUCAUUGCUUGAAGUGGUUAGAUUUGCAGCAACCCAAGUCUGUGGUUUAUGUUUGUUUUGGAAGCCUGUGCAAUUUGAUUCCUUCACAACUUGUGGAGCUGGCCUUGGCCAUAGAAGAUAGUAAAAAACCAUUUGUAUGGGUCAUUAGGGAGGGAAGUAAGUACCAAGAGUUGGAAAAAUGGAUCAGUGAAGAAGGGUUUGAGGAAAGGACCAAAGGGAGAGGCCUUAUAAUUCGAGGUUGGGCUCCACAGGUACUAAUAUUAUCGCACCCUGCCAUUGGAGGAUUCUUAACACAUUGUGGUUGGAAUUCAACACUUGAAGGGAUAAGUGUUGGAGUGCCAAUGGUUACCUGGCCUCUAUUUGCUGAUCAAUUUUUAAAUGAAAAGCUCGUUACUCAAGUGUUGAAGAUUGGUGUGAGUGUUGGGGCAGAAGUUCCAAUGAAUUGGGGAGAGGAAGAGAAAACUGGUGUGUUGGUGAAGAAGAAGAACAUUGAGAGGGCAAUAUGCAUGGUGAUGGACAAUGAUGAAGAAGAAAGCAAAGAGAGAAGAGAAAGGGCAACCAAACUCUGUGAGAUGGCAAAGAAAGCGGUUGAAAAAGGGGGGUCUUCCCAUCUUGACAUGACUUUGCUUAUACAAGACAUCAUGCAACAAUCAAGUAGCAAGGAGGAUGUAAAGUGUUGACGCCUAAGAGUCGCAAUUUAUAUGUAGCGCUUGAUGUUUUUAAUGGUUAAAUUUUUAAAAGUUUACUAAAUUUUUUUCUUCUUCUUAUGUAACUAUCUUUCCUGGGUAAUGUAAUGAAAAUGGGUACAUGUCUUUUUCAUGACAAGUAUAGUGUAUGGAAUUUAUUUUUUAUGCAUUUCACAAAACCAUGAAU